AUAUAAGUCACUGCAACAUCACCCUCAAGCAGUAACUCAAGUCCAACCACGGUGAAGAGAAGACACCCCUGAGACUAGCAGGAGAAAAAGACCAGACAAUUAUCGCCACGUGGAUCAAGGCUAAGGUCUAGUGUGGUGGUAUAUGAUCAUCCAGAGUGCAUGAAGAUUUGAAGCUCAGUAACGGUGCAGAUAAUUUCAAGGUCUUUCUGUUGUAUCGAAGAUGUCAGGCUCGUACGAGGAAUCUAGUGGAUUAGAGGAAACGACUGAUAGUUUCUGGGAGGUUGGGAAUUACAAGCGCUCGGUGAAGCGUAUUGAUGAUGGACAUAGACUGUGCAAUGAUCUUAUGAACUGUGUCAAUGAACGAGCGAAGAUUGAGAAAUCAUACUCCCAGCAGCUGACUGACUGGUCUAAAAGAUGGAAGCAGCUCAUUGACAAAGGUCCACAAUAUGGCACUCUGGAGAGAGCCUGGAUGGCUCUGAUGACUGAAGCAGAUAAAGUAAGUGAGCUCCAUCUGGAGGUGAGAAAUGCACUGGCCGGUGAUGAUUUCGAAAAAGUCAAGAACUGGCAGAAAGAUUCUUUCCACAAACAGAUGAUUGGAGGCUUCAAAGAAACCAAAGAAGCAGAGGAUGGAUUCCGAAAAGCGCAGAAACCCUGGGCUAAAAAGCUGAAAGAGGUGGAGGCAGCUAAAAAGAGUUAUCACCUGGCCUGUAAAGAGGAAAAGAUGGCAGCUACAAGGGAGGCAAACAGUAAGGCAGAGCAGUCUGUCACUCCUGAACAACAGAAGAAACUACUAGACAAGGUGGAAAAAUGUAAACAAGAAGUACAGAAGACAAAAGAGAAGUACGAAAAAGCCUUGGAUGACUUGAGCAAAUGUACGCCGCAGUACAUGGAGAAUAUGGAACAAGUGUUUGAACAGUGUCAGCAGUUUGAGGAGAAACGACUGGUUUUCUUCAGGGAAGUACUUCAGGACAUCAAACGACACCUAAACCUCACCGAAAACAACAGCUAUGCCAACAUUUACCGAGAGUUGGAGCAGGUAAUCAGGACUGCAGAUACACAGGACGACCUCAAAUGGUUCAGUAGUACACACGGUCCUGGAAUGCCAAUGAACUGGCCUCAGUUUGAGGAAUAUUCUCAAGAUGUGACUCAUACAGUUGCUAAAAGAGAGAAAGUAAAAAAGGUUAAUGAAGGUAUAACAAAUGUCUCACCAGGAGGAGAGCAGGCGACACAGGCUGUGGACAGGGGCAGUGAUAAUAUCUGCCAGAGUAAUGACAGAAGUUGCAGUUAUAACCCUUUUGAUGAAGAUGAAGCCAACCAGGAGGUGGAGGAGGACCGGAAAGAGGAAAAGAAAAAUGUGAGUAGCUAUGAGAAGAACCAAGCUUACUCUGCUGAAUGGUCUGAUGAUGAAACAAAUAACCCCACCACAAAUGAUGCUAAUGGGGGAACCAAUCCAUUUGAUGAGGAAGCAUCUCCUGCCCAUGGACAAGGCGUGCGAGUGCGUGCACUGUAUGAUUAUGAAGGUCAAGAGCAGGAUGAACUGAGCUUCAAAGCAGGUGAUUUCUUAACAAAGAUCGAAGAUGAGGAUGAGCAGGGCUGGUGCAAAGGACGCCUGGAGAAUGGACAGCUGGGUUUAUAUCCAGCCAAUUAUGUCGAGGUCAUCUGAUAGCACAUUGUACUUGCUGAGCUAGUUGCUGCUGCUGUAUAUAUGUGUUCUAGAUAAUGCAGUUUUUGUGAUUUGACAAACUUCAUUUUGUACUUUUUGUUCGUAGAGUAGUGCCCUGUUAUCAUUUGUGCAAAUCAUGCUUUCAUCUGUGGGCUUAAAAGACUGUAUCCUUUAAUGGUCGAUGUAAGAAUAUCUAUUUAAGAAGAAACCUAUUUAACUUAAAGUGAGCUCUUUUCGGUUCUUGCAGUGGCACCCCAUUUGUUAUCCCUGUUUGUUUUUAAUCAGGAAGCCUCAUCUUAAGCCCAAAUUUCCAUCCUCACCUUGAUCAAUCUUACACACACACACUAUUUAUUUCACUUGGAUUCAUGUUUUUGAUUUUUCUAUUGUCAGUCCCUUAAUUGUGCAUAAUCAAUAAAUCAGUCUCAUCCACACACAUGCACAUACGCGCACCCACACACGCGCGCGCACACGCACCAACUACUUUAGACAUUGGUACUUUGCGUUUAUUUGUUGAUCUUUGUGAGAUUUUUUUGACAAAACUCUUUGACUGUUGCAAUUUCAAUUGAUGGCCAUUCAUGGGAAUGUCUCUGUCCUGUUCCUUGCACCCAAUAAUUCUCAUUGAUCCAAUGAAAAUGACUGUGUUUACCUCAUUGAGCAGUGAUUUGUCCGAUAGGAUCCCAAAGAUUUUUGCUGCUUCAUUAGAGAGUGUAACAUUGGUUGUUAAGGUAUUUGAUCUUGAAUCUACUGGUUGGUAUUAAAGGACCCAAUCACUUGUGCACCUGUUUAUUUGCAGCACUUGGGUAGUUAAAGUAAAUGAAAUUCCGAUUAUCAAAUUGAUAAAACUGUAAUGAUACAACUGGCUAUAUAUGUGUUAAAAGGAAAAAUAAUCAAUGUAGAAACACUCUGAUUCUAAAGUAGGCUGAUUUAGUGUGGUGUAAUUAUGUUGUCUAUCAUUGACCACUAUUUUAAUUGUCAGUGCAUUAAUUCUGCUGCAAUGGAUGAAAUGUUAAUCUAAAUGUUGAAGUAAUUAUCUUUUUUAAAAAAAGAUAGCCAUUAUCUUGUUAGGAAUUGUGGCGAAUGAAUUGGGUAUUGCUAUUAACUGAAUUUCCUUUGCUUCUGUGCAUUGCAAUGUUGGGGACACUUUUAAAAAUAUAUUUAGUGUAGUAAAUCUAGUGAAGAGUAUCACUGUUAUGCCUACAGGUCUGGGUGUCUAGUUCAAUGAAACUCAAGCUGAAAAGUAACCGCCACUGAAAGGAAAGGCUUGAAGAUGAGUCUUUGUGAUCUCAAUGUCCAAGUCCCAAAGUAAAAUUGAUGGAUCAGUGAGGGUUUUACUGCACUUGUUGGCUUCUGUCACCAGAGGGCUCAAAUAUCUAAGUAAAAGCAAGCACAAAUACAAAAGGUAAAAUAUGGUUGAGGCUUGAAAUCUGAGCUUAAAAACAGGAAAUACUUAGCAAUCUAGCUGCAUAAUUUCAGUGAGAAACAAAAUUCAUUUUUCAGUUGUGCUACAGAACUAUUGAAAAUACAAACUCGGACCUUCUCGUGUUUUCAGCCUUCGUUGUACUGAGUAAACAUCUAACCCUUUAUUGACGGCGUCGUUGUCACAAUUCUAGAAUGGCUAUCAUUUUCGACAUCUCCAGUGACCUUUACACAAACUUCCUGAAGCGAUCACAUCUUUUUUUGGAAAAUGUAAUAUAUUUUAAAACGAAAACACUGCGACCUAAGGAAUUAAUGCAGUCCUAGCCCAAAGUACUGACGUAGUGAAUUAAAGCAAGCUAAAUCUAAGUAUUAAUGUUUGAGAAUUGUUUCUAUAUCUAAGUCCUUUCUUUCCUUUUUCCCCACUUCUCCUCAUUUAUAUCAAAAGUCUGUUUGUAUUUUUUUCUCUGCAAUUCUUUUUCUUAAGGUAUUGGACUCGACCUUUCUAAUGGACAGGUUUUCAGUCCCAUGCUUUGCCUCUCACCUUGUAGACAUUAAAACAAAUGUUAUGUAAGUCUUUUAUGGUUGAGGUUGAAUUAUCUCACUGUAUAUUAGGUUAAUAAUUUAGUAUAGUCAAUAUGGUGAAGAAAAAAAUCAUGGUGAAUGUCAAAACCCAGCUUUUUCCAAAUGAGGCAACAAGGAUAAGUGUAUAUGUUUCUCUCUCUUUUUCUGUGUAUUUUAUAUAGACAAGAAUUAAGGACUGGACAUUCGUAUAAAAUGAUGGCAUCUCAUUUUGGAGCAAACUUGCACAAGCAUGCUGACUCCAAUUGCUGCAGUUAAAGUUUCCCCCCCCCCCACUCCAGUUCCUAGCAAUUUCAUGAAAGAUUGAAUUGAAUUUUAACAGCUAUUCAAUGAAACCAUGUUCAGUGGAAGUUCUAAUUUUAUUAAACCUCUAACUUUGUCUACUAAAGAUGGAUAAAAUGAAAGGGAUGUUGCUCUUUAAUCGAUGACUUAGAGUUUUUUAAACAUUCCCUUGCCACUUGACUCCAGUCAGAAAGUAAGUGUGUGUGGGAAAUGUGACAAUUUUAUUAGGACAGAGACCCAGAUGUCAGUGGCUGAUCCCAGUACUUAUCGCCAACUCAGCAGCUUAUUUACAUGUAAGAUUUGUUCUUUAAUAGAGUCCAAUAUUUGUAUCCUUAAUUUACAGCAGUGAUGAGGUUUCACGAUUUCACUUUUUAAGCUAGGAAAUAAAGGAAGGAAAAUUUAAUGAACUUCACUUAAUGUGUGAGAGAUCCAUUUUGAUUUACCAGUUCAACUCCCUACACAAUCCCACGAAUUGUCAGACUCCGAGUUUGUGUCAUACUUUACCUCAUUGUCUCAUUUUAUUUUUUAUUCUGUUUUGGUCACUUGCUCCCAGUUUUCUCAGCCAAAGUUAGUGCCAAAACACUUUCCCAUUUUGAGUGUUUAUAUGUAUGUAGGCAAGCUUGUUUAAAAGUUUGUUUCUUUCCUGAAUUUAUUCACACAUGCUGUCACUCAUUCUCCAACUUAUUCAUUCCCUAAUUAAAUUCAAAUCUUCACUGGCUUUCUGCACAGAGACACAUUGUCUGUUCCACAUGUAAUCCAUGAGUGCUUUUUUAUAGGAGUGACGCAGCAAGUUCACACCCGAUUUUGGGGAUCAUGAGUGUGUUAUACUGCACGUCGGAAGCACAAUUGGAUGGACAAUUUCCAAAUGCAACAUAUGAUCAUGUUGUCAAACUUAAUUAUGUAUCAUUCACACACCUUUUAAUGGAUGAAUUGUGAAAUUUCUGUAUGUGAGCAAACAAGUUGCUUCCCCACCAUUCGUAGCUAUUUGUUCAAUGUAAUAUAAGAGCUAUCUAUUUGUUUGGCCUGGGACUGUAUACAUGUCUAAUUUUGAGACCAGUGAAUCCAGUGCUCUUGUAGUUAGAUUGUGAUGUCUAAUUAACAGUUAAGUAGCUAUUUUGUGACCUGUCUGAAUGUGCCCAUGAAAACUAUUGUUCUUCGAAAUACUGUUGCUAUUGGAGUGAGUUGUCAAUCAGCGGCUAUUGGACGUUCAGGGUGAUUGGGAGGGAGGUGAGAUCCCAUAUGAAGCAUUAGAUUGUCGAAUCGUCUGGUGCUCACUGAUUGCGUGUAGUAAAUACCCGCUUGCAUUACACUUCUAACAGUGCAGCUAUUUAAUCUGCUUAAAAAUCUGAAUUAUCCAGCAAUUAAGCAUUGUAAAUACCGUAGCAAUAUGAAAUUAUAGAACUUUAACAAAUCGAAAGAUAUUUCAAGUUUCAGACUUUGAAUUGAGAAAGUGACUGUGUUGGCAGAUAGUAUUUUACAAAAGGAAUCAAUUUAGUAACCCUAAAACCUCCUUUUGGUUCUAAACCUUUCUCUGAGGUUUUAAAAUAUGCUAAAACGUGAGUAUUUUUCUUUGCCACAUUACACAACAGACAUACUGAUUUUUUUUAGGUUUUAUUUUAAAAAUUCCAUGCCAUGAAUUUGAGUAGAUCUUGGUUCUUGUUUCUUGUUCUUGGAUGUGCCAGGCUUAUGAUAUCUACUGUGAAUUCCCCAUUGCUCACUAAUCUGGAAAAACUAACUCCUGAGCAGAUCGACCUAAAUGUUUGUUCUGUUAUAAAUGUCUAGAUUGCUAAUUGGAUGGUCAACUCUAGUCUUCACUAAGAGGAGAACAAGUACCAAUUUGACCAACUGCAAACUUUUCAUUAGUUGUUUCUGAGUGGGCUUGUGUGAAGCUGAAAUGGUAUGAGACUAUGCCUUGAAGGUAAUAACCUUCUUGGAUGAAUACACUCUGAGUAACUUCACACCCAAUCCCUAUGAUAUAGUGUAGCUGAUUUCAAGAAUGUUAAUACGUUGUUACUACUUCCUGAAUAUAACUGUCAUGCGGGCUUAGGUAUAAGAACCCAAGUUAAAUAGAUUUCAGAUUUUUAAUGGUUUGUAACUUCUAUAGCUGGAGUUGACUCAAGGAGGUUCUGCACUAUUGAAAUUUUCAUUCUCUACUUUGCCCUGUUUAAAGCAAAGUUGCAGCUGGUUUAAAAAAAUGUAUAUUUAGCAGAGUAUUUUGUAAGCAAAAAUCUAUAAAGAAAAUGUAAUAUUAAAAGGAUACUAACCCUUGCAAAAGUGUAAGUGCAGCUCAAAUUAAGAAAUGUGAUACCUUUACAAAUCUCAGCAACCAUGUAUGCAACAUUUGGAAUUUCUGAGUGUUUAUAUUAGAAUGAAUGUUCUAUGCAGGGGUACCUUGCCCCCUAUCUUUACCAGUUGACAAUUGGGUUGCCACCAUUUGCCACAUUCAAUAUCAGAUAAUAACUCGUUACGAGGUUUACUUCAUUAAGACUGAUUUAAUGCCUGUGCAUUCUUUGCAAGACCAAGUAAAGGGUGAUAAUGGGAGUUUAUUUUAAAAUCCAGGUUUCUGUCUAUUUUAAGAAUUAUCUUAACAGCUAUGGAAACAGGUUGAUAGCGACACCAUUAGUGAUCUGGGAUACAUUCCAAUAUCUGCUACUGGCCAUUCUGCUUAAUGCGCAGUCUGUGCGCGAUGCAAGUUAUUUAUUAAAUGGAAAAGGCAGUAUCAGUGCUUAAUUCAUGAAGUCAAUUUGUAUGUCAAUGUAGUGACAUGUGGCAGUGCAACAUUCAGUUAGAUGUAUUGAUAUACCAUUCUGCAAAUUCAAUUCCAAAUACAUGUAUAAAAGUUGCAUAUGAUGCUGUUGUAUAAUCAGUGUAUAUGACUCUGUAAUUUAACUAGUAUCUUGUGAUUGUACUAUGUGCAUAAGUUUGAAUUGAAUUUCCUCUGUACGUUCACUGUUGUGAAGUGAAUGCUCCCUUCCUUUAAAGCCUGUGUUUACAUGCUUUAGCUGGAAGUUGAUACUACUGAUGUAGUGCCUGUUUGAACAAUACCUGCUGUUAAUGUGAACUGUGAUUGAGCCAUAUUCGUAUGUGAUAUGGAGACUGUUCCAGUUUUUUGUUUGCAUAGGAUUCUGGGAGUGCCACUGGGUCCUGCCUCAGUACCACAUGUGUCACAUUGACAUUACAGUAGUGGAAUAGAGUGCUUACCGAGCCAGUGGAAAGAACAAUCAAAUAUUAAGCUGAGUUAUGAAGUGACUUAUAAAUCUCUUUAAGACAGCAGUUUUGUUGAGUUGUCAUUUUUGAAUGUUCCAGAAUCUGAAAAUUAUUUCAAAAUAAAAUAUACCUGUACCAAAUGGCAUCGAUCAAAGCUGGAGGAAGGCUGAGAAAGUAUCUACUUAAUGUUCAAGACGCUUCUAUUUAUAUUUAGACUGCCAAAUACACUAUCUUUCACUGCAGGAAUUGUGUGGUCCACUCCCUGACUGUGAGUGGUACUGUCUUUGCUAGCAAGUGCUAAUUGCCGUAAAAAUGCUGGUGUACAGGCCACAUCUAAUGUGUGUCAUCUUUGUAUCUCCAUGUAUUGCAGCAAUUUGUAUUCUCUUAUGAUAACUACACUCGAUCCUAACAACAGCAACCAUUCAUUAUGUUCAACGGUCUUCCAGGAUACAUUAAAAGAAAUGCACUUCAACAUUCACAGUGCAUUGUGUGGUUAAUUUAGCUCCCAGUUUCAUAAUUUUAAAAAAUUCAUUGAGCAAUUUAUGGACUUCUAAAAAUAACUUCUUGAAUAGUGAUUCUAUUCUUAGGCUAUUGCCUGAUGUAGAUGCCUUUCACUGUUUGAGGGUAAACUUUGCCCUCUUCCUCUGCCCCCACCCAGCACACCCACAAAAAUGGUGAUUCUUCUCGAACUUGUCUUUGGUUGAAUUCUACAAAUUACCGAAAUCAAUAAUGAUGAAUUCCAGAAUAUUGAAGAUUUGUAAUGGCGGAAUGGUUAGCAAGUCAUGUUAGGUAGACAGUGGAACAGCCAUGCCUGAGUGUUACAGUUUUGAUUACUUGUGGAUAACUUCCUUCUGUUGUCUGCUCCACUUUGGCAAGGAAAGUAGACAUCUUUAUUGAACAUACCUGCGGAUUUUUGUCAAUUACUCCGUUCAAAAGAAUAUCAAUAAAGAGAAUAUUUUAUGGA